AUGCUUGCUCAGAUUAUUGGAUUAAAAGGUCUAGAGUCGACAAGAAAAGAAAUUUAGGAUACCUUUAUUGAAUUCGCCAUUGACAAGGGAAUAGUAGAUAUGAGCACUAGAUAAUACGAGAUAUUCAAGGUUCCUUAUUUGAAGGAGAAAUUCCAAACUGAUUAUGUGGGCCCUCAAGAGAUAUUUGCUUACUUGAAGAAGCUAUUGGUCCAAAUUAAUAAUUGA